AUGGGGCCAUCAUCCAGACCGACCUCUCCUUGUGGGAAGAGACGACAUUCCGGCGCUGACCCUUGUGCCCGCUCAUCCUCCCCUCACCACUCACCCAGCCCUACACGGGGUGCCUCCCCGAGGGGCAGUGUGACAGAUGACACCUGGGUGGGAAGCCCCGCCAGUGCUCUCGGGCCUCUCCUGAUGUCUGGCUGCCAAGAGCUGGACGUCCCAUCCAAGACUAGGAGGACGUCGGGGAUCCAGCUGGGGCUCAUGACCGGUCAGGGGGACCUGGGACUGGAGCCCCUCCUGGAUCCUCCCAGAGAAGAGGCACAUGAAAAGGAUGGCCUGGCUGAACUGUUCCUUCAGGUGCCCUCCCACUUCAGUUGGAACAAACCUAAACCUGGAAACCCUCCUCUGUUUGGGACCUCGUCCCCCCCUCUUCUGGACUGGCCUCUGCCCAGCCGCUUCCACCAGUGUGAACUGAAGCUGGAGGUCCAGCCCAAGUCCUACCACAGGGCGCACUAUGAGACGGAGGGCAGCCGAGGGUCCAUUAAGGCAGCUGCUGAUGGGCACCCUAUCAUAAAGCUGAACGGAUACAGCGAGCAGCCAGUCGACCUGCUGCUGUUCAUUGGCACCGCAGACGACCGGUGCAUUCGCCCUCACUCCUUCUAUCAGGCCCAUCGAGUGACAGGGAAGACGGUUACCACCACCUGCCAGGAGAGAAUAAUAGGCUGCACCAAAGUCCUGGAGAUCCCUCUGCUUCCAGAAAACAACAUGUCUGCCAGCAUUGACUGUGCUGGCAUCCUGAAGCUGCGUAACGCCGACAUCGAGCUGAAGAAAGGGGAAACAGACAUCGGGCGCAAGAACACGAGGAUUAGAGUUGUGUUUAGGGCUGCUGUCCCUCAGCCAGAUGGACAGAUGCUGUGGCUGCAGACAGCAUCUAUUCCUGUGGAGUGUUCCCAGCGCUCUGGUCAGGAGCUUCCUCAGGUAGAGAGCUUCAGUCCAGCCAGCUGCUCGGUGGUCGGAGGAGAGGAGCUGCUCAUCACCGGAGCCAACAUCUCCACGCAGUCCAGGGUUGUUUUCAUGGAGAAAGGGCCUGGUGGAAGAACACUGUGGGAAAUGGACGCCAGAGUUGUGCCAGAAAAAAGCAGUGGAUCCAGCAUUGUGGUGGAGAUGCCUCCUUACAACAGGAAGACAUCAAGUCCAGUCCAAGUCCAGUUCUACAUCUCUAACGGAAAGAGGAGAAGAAGUCUUGCACAGAGCUUCACCUUCCUGCCUGCAGUCAUACAUCAGCUAGUCAAACAGGAGCACUGGGAGCCGGACCACAUCUCCCACAAUCCAACUGGAUUCAGCCCAGAUAUGGCUUACUAUGAUUCCUGUGACCACCCAGUGCAUUCUGACCCUCCUUCCCAGAAUGCAUCUCAUCUCCAUCAUCCUCCUGGCCCCCUUCAGACCCCUUUAAUGUUUCCUCACAACUCCUCCAUCCCACUUCACACCUCCUCCUCCAUGCCUCCUCAGGCCUCCUCAGUACCCCAUCAGACCUUCGCCAUUCUGCCGCAGACCUCCUCGGUCCCCCCUGAGAUCUCCAUGAUGCCUUCUCAGACCUCUUCAGUGCUGCCUGAGACCUUCACCCUCCACCCACAAACCUCCUCGCUGCCUCCCCAGACCUCCCCUGUUGGACCUCAGAGAGUAGAGUCUUCAUCUCUGAGGUCCAGUACAGCCUUUGUGACCACUGUUGACCCUCACAAGAAGUCUGUGCUCUCCAGCUCAGGAGAGGCACUGAGUAUCAAGCAGGAGCCAGAAGACCAGCCAAAUCUGGGAUCCUUGGGCUUCCACGAGAUCACACUGGAUGACGUGAACGAGAUCAUCGACAGGGACAUCAGCAGUCUGAGCAGCAGCACCCAACCUGACCAGUACCACCAGUACGACUGGGAGCACAAGCCCAGUGACACUGCCUUACCGUUCUGUGGAGACCCCCAGUAGCUCUGCUGCCCCCUCAGGAGACAGCACAGCAACGCCACGGUCACAUCUGCACAAAGUGCCUGAGCACCAGUCAGCAGCCUCGACAGCUCAUUUCAUCAGGGUACCACAUCACAUGACUGUUUC